AUGCCGUCCGACGAGCCUGAGAAAGGAGACAAAGUAACAUGGAACUGGGGCGGCGGUCAACCUGGCGGCACUGUCGCCGAAACGAAAAAGGAGGGCGAGCUCGCCAUCACGUCCAAGCGCGGCAACAGGAUCAAGAAGAACGCUGAUCCGAGCAACCCUGCGGUCCACGUCGAGCGAUCUGGCAACGACGUCGUGAAGAGGGCCUCCGAGCUCAAUGUCGAGGAGAAAGCCAACGGCAAUGCUGGCGCUGAUGACUCUGGUGACAAGGAGGAGCCCAAAGAGACCGAGACUGAAGCUGAGACUCAAAAUGGCGAGAAGAGAAAGCACGACGAGGUAGAAGAGGACAAGCAAGCCGACACUGAAGAGAAAACGGCCGAACCCUUGGAGGAGAACGCCGAGGGUAAGACUGUCAAGGCUAAAGAGCCUGCUGCCAAGAAACAGAAGAAGGAGCCGGCGAAGAAGGAGCCGGCCGCCUCCAGGGGGAAGAAGGGCGCCGCGGUAAAGAAGACUGACCAGAAGGAGGAAGAAGAGAAGGAGGGAGAGAACAAAGAGGAGAAAACGGAGGAGGAGAAGCAGGAAGAGAAGAAGGAAGAAGCCGAGCCAGUAGAGAAGAAGAAAGCCGGUCGACCAAAGGGUUCAGCAUCUGCUAAGAAGCAGAAGAAAGAGCCAACGCCGCGGGCAACUGAAGGCAUUGGGUCUAGAACAAGGAGUCGGGGCAACGCUUCGUGA